AGUAUUCAAAAAAUUAAAACAAUAAUGAUAAAACCUACUAUGCUUAAAGUAAAUUAUAGUUUUGAGUUCUUAGAAGAAUUUCAAGAUGCUACAAAAUCCACAGCUAAACAUCUUUUAGAACAAAAUUUAAAAGUUAAUUGUUGUAAACUUUUUAAUAAUGAUGAUGAUUAUAAGAAAUUUAAAAAAGAUGUUGAAGCCCUGCAUUUUGCAACAUCUGAAGAAGAGAUUUUACAGUUUUUAAAUACUAUUAAAAAGGUAGCAGAAAAAGCUUGCUCUUCUGAAAAAAUAGAAUCAUAUCUUCAGACAUGGAUGAAAGAUUCAAAAAUGUGGAUUUACACCUAUACUAAGCAAUACUACCACAUGGAAAUAUCAACUACUGGACAGUCAAAAUCAUCUUAUAAUGCAAUACAUUUACAAUGUUUGAAAGCUGUAGUGAAUACAGGUUCCAAUAAAGUAGCAGUUAAUCCUUUUAUUCUUCAUAAUCCUAGAUUUAGUGAGCUUAUUGAAAAUAUAUCUGUAUGGGAAAUUAAUAAAAUUAAACAAACAUUACAACAAUACAAAGAACCAAUUGCAUAUAAAAGUGAUGAAAUUUUUGAAUGUACAAUCAAAAUUUAUUACAAGUUACCUUGUAUAUACAUAAUUCCAAAACAUGGUGCUAUUCCUCUAUCAAUUAUUGAUAAUAGGUGGCUACUUGAGAGACCUAACAUUAUAGAACUUCUAUAUCUCUCAAAAUCUGCUAUUGUUAACUCUGAAUUUUAUAAUACUUUUGAGUUACUUCUAAGUGAACAUCAAGAUGCUGCUGCUGCAAAAAAGAAAAAAAUACUAAACAAUAUUAGAAAGUCUAAAAAUAUAACUAUUCAACAACAAAAUAUACCUUUAAGACAAAUUUUUAAACCUUCUGAUUAUAAACUAUAUGAGGCAAACAUUUAUCAAUUUAUGAGAGAACAUGUUUUGGAAUAUUUGAUUGUAGUAAAAGAUAGAAAUUGUGAAUUUUGUGCUAUUACUAAAUCUAUUGGAAAGCCUAAAAAAU